UCGGGCCCCGGUUUGGAGAUGCGACGUUUGCGAAGUUAAAAGCAUUAGAAUCCACAUGUAUAAUCAUUUUUUUUUUCUUCAGGAAAGAGAACAACAGUUACACUUGAACAAUUACUACACUAAAAACCUUGAACGAUGGGAGUUCCCCGGUCUAAGAGCUUCCUCGUCACCGCGGUGUUGUUGGUCCUUCUGGCGGGACAAACCGCUGGUUGGAGGCGCAGGCGACAAACCUGCACCCCGGUCAACUGUCAGUGGGGUCCGUGGACAUCUUGGUCCUCAUGUACAUCUCAAUGUGGUACUUUAGGAACACGGACAAGAACAAGAGCCUACAGCCCUGCGGCAUCAUGUAACGGACUCGCCUGUACUGGCCCCAGCUCGGAGACGGAGGAGUGCAACAGGUCCUGUCCUAACGGUUCUCCCUUACAUGACGGCUGUGACUGUACGGGCACUGGCUACACCGGAACGUGCUGCGACAUCGACGUGGAUGAAUGCGCCCUUGAGACAGACACCUGCCACGAACAUGCCACCUGUUCCAAUACACCUGGGAGCUACACCUGCGAUUGUAUCACCGGCUACGAUGGCGACGGAAAUACUUGCACUGAUAUCGACGAAUGUGACGAGGAAACAGACACCUGUGACGAAGAUGCCACCUGUACCAACACACCUGGAAGUUACACCUGUGCUUGCAACCAGGGAUACCAUGGUGAUGGAAACACCUGUACAGACAUUAACGAAUGUGACGAUGGAACGGACACCUGUCAUGACGAUGCCACCUGUUCCAACACACCUGGGAGCUACACCUGUGCUUGUAACCAGGGAUACGAUGGCGAUGGAAACACUUGUACCGACAUCGACGAGUGUACCGAGGAAACAGACACCUGUCAUGCACUAGCCACCUGUUCCAACACACCUGGCAGCUACACCUGCGCGUGUGACCACCCAUACACCGGAAACGGCUACAGUUGCUCCGUAUCUUGCUCGGCCCUCUACCCAAGUCUUCACCCUGCCAGAAACUUCGCCAAGUUCCGGAGUCACUGCUUUUGGUCAGGCUCGCAUAGAACCCCGGAGCUGAACUACAUCUCCGCCAAGGGGGUGUGCGAGUCCUACGGAGGCACGCUAGCGAUGAUCAAAGAUGCUGAGACACAGAAUUUCCUUAAAAACCACUUGAAGAACACGAGCGGUAGAACUCAGAGGAACUACUGGAUCGGUCUGGACGAUCUGAACGAUGAGCGCACUUUCCUGUGGAAUGACGACACCCCGCUUGGAGAGUACCGACGGUUCAAGUCCAACGCCCCUCAUAAGAUCCGGGACUGCGUGGUGCUGUGGAGGACCGCCAGAAAAGCUAAAUGGGACAUCAAGAACUGCGACUUCACCAUGCCGUACAUCUGCCAGCUUCCUGACGGUUCUUAAGACGACGAUGAACGCUGACGUCAUCCUCACAACGAUGCUGUGACGUAAUCUGACGCAUGACGUUCCGCAUACAUAGUUUAUUACGUAGUAUAUUAAUGCGAGCAUUGUGGAAACUAAAAUAUUACACAACGUGACUUAGUAUAAAGGCAAUAUAUCGCUCUAAUGAUCAAUGAAUUUCAAUGGAUCAUAGUUAUAAGAUAUAAUGCUGUCAUAAAACUCUUAAAUACAUGUGUAUGAAAAAUGGGGCAAUAUCAGAUUAGGUGAUUGAAAAACCAAACUAUGAAAAUAUAAUUAUUUCAUGGUUUGUAUGAUUCGCAUCUAGGUUUUUUAAAGCCAAUAUUCUUAUAUAGCGCAUUUGAAUUGUUAGACAAUGUACUUGUCACUUUACAGGGUAAAUCAUUUAUCUCUGAAUCUUUUAUGGACGUUAUUACAGUAGAAAAUCCACAUAAGGAUUUC